AGCGCGAGUAAUAGGGUCCAGAAAUUCCCGCAUCCCAAAUAACGUGGAAUAUUCAGCGCCGAAACAAAUUCAAAGCCGAACCUUUCGACUCGCACUCGCAUCAGAGUGUAAGCACCAAUUUACUCGUGUUAUGUUCAAGAUGAUUUAAUAAAUUGCGACGCGUUACCAAACAACAUCACUUGUUGUAGGUAUCUUCGUGGUAGUUCAGAAGGAAAGUAUUAGGGGAAAACGGGAACCGAGAUAACUCUCGCUGUCGACUUCUGAGAUCCGAGAUCAGUUUUAUUUGCCGGUUUAUGGCUGUCUUAUUGCCGUUAAUGAAAUAAGACGGAGUAUACGAGCAGUCGUCUCGGCGUCGCAGAACUUGUGAGCGGACUUGUGACGUCAUUUUUUGAUCCUUGUGCUGUCACUGACUCGGUACUCUGAUCGUUAUUAUACAGCGAGAAACGAACGACAAAUAAAUGUGAAGUGUGUACAUUACUGGGUGCGGUAGGUUAGGAACGGCCAGAGUGUUUAGCUCGGUGGAGAUGGAGGGGCACAGGCUCGGGCGGCGGAGCGCGGGCCGGGCGGCGCAUGCGCGCGGCGCUCCGGGCCGGGAGCCUCGCGAGUCCGCUCAGUGGUGCGUCGGGACGCCCGGUCGAUUCCAGGGGCGCGCGCAAACUCUCCUCUUUCCAAAAACCGAAUGAACCGUAAAAUGUGUGUAAGAAAAAUCAUAAAAACGCCGCCAUGCUAAAUGGAUUUUAAAACUAUUCCUUGCCUCCUUGCACGGCUACCUAUUACUGUUUAAAUACUGAACAAUAUUGCGGUCAAAUUUGUCGCGAAAUCGGUAUUUCUGUAAAUAUUUACUAUCAAUUAAUUAGAAAAUGAAGGUGCGUAAUCACACAUGGAUUGUGCAACUCGUCAUGUCAUAUCGAAAGUAAAUUAAUAACAAGUUUGCGUGAGAAUACGUUAUUUUAAAAAUUAAAAAUGUCGCAUUCUUGAUAAUAAAUUAAAACGCUAAAGUGUCGCAGUAGAAAGGUUAUGAAAAUUAACAAGUUUUAAUAGGCCGUUUAUUUUUUUAUACAUUGGUCGUUAAGUUUUAAUAUGUGCUAACCUGGAGCCGGUCCGCAGCAGAACUGAAUGACAGAGAAACUUGUUGUACCUGAGAUGUGGCGCGGCUGGAGGUGAGCGAUGCGGGCGCGGUGGGCGGCGUGGGCGUUCGCUUGGUGCGCGUGCGCCGCGGCCGCGCCCGUCGAGUCGCCGCCGCCGGGGCCACUCUGCGACCCGCUGCUGCUACGACACCCGCCGCCUAGGCCCUCGAAUGUGUUGGAGGUGGAGUCAGCUGCAGCGCAAGCUGCGCGGUCGCUGUCCGAGCUGAUAGAGACGGGCGGCGCGAACGAGUCGCGCGCGGCGGCGUUGGCGCGCUCCGUGCUGGCCGCCCAGUUCGAUCCGCCGCCCGACGCUGUGGCCCUCGGCGCGCCGCAGCUCCGCCUCGGCGUGCUCUUCGUGGCUGACCCACCCAGACUGAUCAUCUUUCAACAAAACAACUCUGCAGCCCUCCAGCAAUUUUGGAAAACUUUAGCCUCUGCAUGGAACGCGAGUAAUGUCGUCUGGUCAAAUGCCUGGUACUCAUGCGAAAGGGAAGACAGAGGCUGGUGGAGCGGUGCGGCGGCGGCGCGGGGAUCGGGCGCUCUCCGCGCCGCGGCGGCACUGUUCCGACGAAUGCCUGUUAUGCCGUGUGAGGAAGCAAUGUACGAUCGCAUGAGUGGGCCGCCGGCCUGCGAUCCGGACACAACGGAUUGUGAAGCCUUUCCUGCCUCGGGAUCAGACUUUCAGAAUAUAGAGUACCGGUGCAAGUGCCGGCGGGGCUAUUGGCACGAGAUCGGCAGCGGCUGGCUGAGCGGGUCGGCCAUCACGGAGACGCUGCGCUGCGCGGCGUGCGGCAUGGGCAGCGGCGACGAGGCGCAGUGUGACGGGGAGAUCUUCCACGCCACGCUGCUGGCCGUCAACCUGGCCGGCAUGCUCGUGUGUCUCGUCAUUGGCCUCAUUAUAUUCAGAAAGAGAAAAUGCAAAGCCGUGGCAAUGGGCAUGUGGACUGUACUAGAGGUGGUGUUGCUUGGGGCUCUGUUGAUGUAUGGAUCCGCAGCGACACAAUACAUCAAGGAGCCGCGGUGGCGCUGCGUGGCAGGCGCGUGGCUGCGCGAAUUGGGUUUCGUAGCGUGCUACGGCUCAGUUGUGCUGCGGCUGUGGGUGCUUCUGGCCGAGUUCAGGACUAGGAAGGCGCACCGGUGGACUCCAAGGGACUCUGAAGUGCUCCGAAUAGUAGGCGCGAUGCUCUGUGGCGCCAUAUGUUAUUUAGCAGCCUUUACUGCGACAGCGGCGUGUGAGCGAGAAGGCUGCACCAAUGCGGCUUGGCAUCACGUUACCGCUGGUGCUGAACUACUGCUGCUAGCCGCUGGAGCUAGGAUCGCUUAUGCGGCGAGGAACGCAAAUGUGCCCUUUCAGGAGCGCGGUUGGCUGGCUACUGCGCUGGCAUGCGAGUUUUUUAGCGGGCUAGCGUGGCGCGGUGCAGCGUUGGCAGGUGCGGCGCCCGAGCAGGAGCCGCUGGCCGCCACGGCGCGUGCACAGGUCUCCUCCGGCGCCGCGCUGGCAUGCGUGCUCGCGCCGAGGCUGUGGCAUGGAUACCGCGCACGAUCGCUUGCGCAAGAGGUGUCUCGCAGAGGCCCAGCAGAGGGCUUUGGCGUAGAAGGCGAGGAGGAGCCCACGUCUGAGGAAGUGAGAGCCGAGCUGAAGCGGCUCUACGUGCAGCUAGAGAUCCUCAGGAACAAGACGCUCCGGCGCGACAACCCUCAUAUCAGCAAACGCAGGGGGGGACGCAAGCCGCCGCACAGGCGGUUUUCCUUACAGAAAAAAGGCAGUCGUGAAAAGGCGCUGCAGGCGCGGCGAGGCGGCAAGGGCAAAGCCGGCGGCAGCGCCAGCGUUGUGGAGGCCAGCGAAGCCGGCGACGCCUCUCGCACGCCCGAGGACUCCGUCUGCUCCAACGAGGGCCCCUCGCACUACACCGACUGCGACCAGACGUGAUCCCGCCGCCGCGACGGGAACUCGUCCAGUCGCUCCACGGCCAACGGCUACGGCGACCAGCUGGAGGUUUGAAGACUCGGGUUGUGCAUCACCGUGUGUUGGUUCAAAAUUCGGACAAUUGCAAAAAGUUCGUGAUUGUAAUUCACUUAUUAAUCGUCUAAGUACUGUUCGAACUGCGUUUCGGCAGCUUUUGUGAAUGAUUCUUCUCUCAAUAUUAGGUACCCGACUAAAAUGAAUGGGGUAAAUAUUGCUACGAGCAAUAAAAUCACAUACCAACGCAAAAAUUUGGAUGUGUUUAUUGAAAUUGUAAUUAAAAAUAUUGAGCUUUUGUCUUAAAACAUUUAAAUAAAGCUCAUGAAAUGAGCACGGCAUGUGGCCCGUACCUAAAUGUUAGUAAUAAAUACUCCUAUGUAAAGAAAACGCCCAUUCUGCUGAAAAAGGCAGGUCCGUUUCUUUACUAGGUACAUGGCUAAACGAGUAAGAUCAUGUUGGAUAAGAAAAAUAGGAAAGUGGCCGGUAGUUUUCAUAUGUGUUGCGUUUAGAGCGGAGUUGAUUGGUGUAUUAAUAGAUGAACCACGUGGGAUCGAUCCUUUUCCAGAGCAAUAAUUUGUCUAGUCUCUGACCACUGAUAUUAUUGUAAAUUAGGUUUAUAAGUUGCAUCCCAUUCAACUACGAAAACAUAACUUCACAUGCGCUAGGUAUGCCGGAUACCUAUCUUUGUUGAACGAAAAAAGUCGCUGUGGUCUCACGAAUAGCAAAAUGUUUUAAUACUGCAGUGCCAUCACUUAUAACAAAAGUAGCUACUUCUGCCACCUGGUUGAGCCCGCUGAAGUACUUGACUAUUAGGGUACCGCAUGGUAGUUAUUGCCAACGACAAGUGAUUGCCAUGACAAGUGAUAACAUAAACAUUGUUAAGCAACCUACAUAUUAAUAGUUAACAGUUCAAAGCAGCAAGAUAGGGCGUGAUUUUAAAAUCUGUUCGACCGUGAUGGAUUUACCUAUAUGGAAAUCAAAAUAUCUAGGUGUCAAAUCUUACCAAAAAUCUACCUACUCUCGAACUCCCUAAAGUGAUGCAAAUGCAAUCAAACAUUAAUUUAGCGCAUCAAAUCUAUAAACUGAUUUUAUAAUUGGUUUGCUACGAUUAAGGAAUUGCGUGCCUUUAAGUGGAUAACGAAAUAUGGUUUAUUUUUUCUACUGCUAACACAUGGUGAAAUCAGCAGAAACAAGUAUAAGAUCAUUAAUAUUCACAGAAACUAAAAACAUCAAACCGAAGCAAUAUAGGAUAUAGUAAAACAUUCUUACAGUUUUUUUAUCGCGAUAGUUAUUCUAAUGGUCCAUAAAGCACAAGCAAUACGAGUUUCCUUUUUAGUCACUCGUGUAGGUACAAACAUAAUAAUAUAAUAGUUUUAUAAGUUGAAAUGUGAUUCUCAAGACCAAACGAGACCGCUUAAGUAGAUAUUAAUUAAUUAAAGUAUAAGGACUCGAACAUUCCAGUUACCAUCCUGUUUCUGUUCUGAAUGCGAUUAUUGACAGGCAAAUAUCAAUAACAGGAGCUUCUUUCUUUAAAUUUAGGUAAAAUAUGGUAUGACCUAAAAUAAGACGUUAAUUUAAUGAACUGCUUAUUUUCUAGUCCAUCACAAUACAAUACAUAUGCUUAACAUUUGUUUAAUAUAUUGAUAAUAUAUUUGUUGUUGUACUUAGACCUAAUUUAAAGUAAUUUUUCGUUGUAAGUGUUGACUAUUCGUUUGUAAAAAAGUGAAUAUCCUACCUAAGCAGCAUAUUUACUUAUUUGGUUGUUGUACAUGGUGUAUAAUUUAUAUAUCAAGGGGAACAAUGGCAGGCAGAUUUUAACGAUAAUUGCAUUAACUGCCUUAAAUUCGGGACUUUGAGUAUUCAUUUCAGAUUUAUUAAUAUGAUAGCAAAACGUAAUCAAUUUUAGGGCGUCCCUCGCGCAGCAAUAUGUAAUUUUAAGUGCCGUGACGUAACGCUCCAAGAUUAAUAUCAUAUUAGUAUCUUCAUACCUACGCCUCUUUAUAAUAUACACCCAAGUAUUGUAGGGACCCAACUGACAAGUAAAAAUAUGCUGCUAAGUGGGAACACAUUUAAGAUAUGUAUGUAGGUAUGUAAUUUUGUUUCUUAGAAAAUUGGGACUUUCGUGUCCAGUUGUUAUUGUAUUUAAAGCAUUUUCUCUAAAUUACAUUGAUGGAUAAUAGAUAGCGCGGGUGUUAUAUAACAAUAGAUACGUGUACAUAUUAGAGUAAGUGUUCGACAUUAUGUGUGCGAAGUCUGGCAGUUUGUUUGUGUUCCGUUGAGCUUUGUUCCAUGUUUGCGAUGCGCGAGCGCGUCUAUUGUGAUGCCGAGUAGUAUUAUAUAUCGAUUAAUAUAUUAUUUAUUAAUAAACCACAUGUUCAUA